UCGGUGCGGCGCUGGGACGCAGCAGCACCGCGGGGAAGAUGGGGAAGAUGUGAAGCGAGUCCCCGGCGACCAGCACCUCUCCUCCGAACAGCGCGACGCUCCCUCCGGGACAGCAGCUCCUCCGGCCCGAAGCGCCUCCGGGCGGCGGACCGCUCCUCGGCUCUCCCCCCGCAGCGGCGGGGCUCCAGCCUCCAGCAGCCAUCUUUUGUGAGAGAAUGUCCGGGGCGCCGCGGCGGGCCUGCUCGGGCUCCGGCCGGGGCCGGGGCCGGGGCUCGCUGGGCCGGGGCUUCCUGGUGCUCUCCACCGCCCUCCUGCUCUCCGUCGUCGGCGUGCUGUCCGGGCUGGCCGGCCUUGCCGAGGCCAAGGAGUGCGACAAGCCGUGCAUGAACGGCCAGUGCAACAACGCCACCGGGAGCUGUGUGUGUUUCCCCGGCUGGGUCGGGGACCAGUGCCAGCACUGCGGAGGACGCUUCAGGCUGACCGGGCCCUCCGGUUAUCUGACCGACGGUCCCGGAAACUACAAGUACAAGACCAAGUGCACCUGGCUCAUCCAGGGCCAGCCCAACACGGUCCUUCGGUUACGCUUCAACCACUUCGCCACCGAGUGCAGCUGGGACCACCUGUACGUUUACGACGGAGACUCCAUCUACGCCCCCCUGCUGGCGGCCUUCAGCGGUCUGAUUGUUCCGGAGCGGUACGGGAACGAGACGGUUCCCGAGGUGGUCUCCCAGUCCGGCUUCGCCCUGCUGCACUUCUUCAGCGACGCCGCCUACAACCUGACCGGCUUCAACAUUUCGUACAGGGUCAACACGUGUCCCAACAACUGCUCGGGCCGCGGCGAGUGCCGCCUGUCCAACUCCUCCUCCGUCGAGUGCGAGUGCGACGCCGGCUGGAAGGGCGAGGCCUGCGACGUGCCGUACUGCCUGGCCAACUGCGGCUACCCGGAGCGGGGGCGCUGCCAGGGCAAGGCCUGCGUCUGCAAGGCCGGCUGGCAAGGUCCAGACUGCUCCGUCUCGGUGCCGGCCAACGCCUCCUUCUGGAGCCGGGAGGAGUACCCGGACGCCGGGCUGGCCCGGGCCUCCCACAAGGCGGUGGUGGAGCAGGGCGUCAUGUGGGUGGUCGGAGGCUACGUCUUCAACGCCUCCGACUACCACAUGGUCAAAGCGUACAACCUCAGCAGGAGAGCCUGGCUGACCCUUGACCCCUCCGUCAACACGGUCACGCCCCGGUACGGCCACUCGCUGGCUCUGCAUGAGGGAAAGAUCUACAUGUACGGCGGGAAGAUCGACUCCACGGGGAACGUGUCCAGCCAGCUCUGGGUCUUCCACAUCCAGAACCAGACCUGGGUCCUGCUGAGUCCCCGGGUCAAGGAGCAGUACGCCGUGGUGGGGCACUCCGCCCACAUGGUGCCCCCCCUGCAGGAGGGGGGCGGCGCCGUCAUGCUGGUGCUGUUCGGGCACUGUCCUCUGUACGGCUACGUCAGCCACGUGCAGGAGUACAACCUGGCCAAGAACUCGUGGAGCGUGGUUUCCACGGACGGCGCUCUGGUGCAGGGCGGCUACGGCCACAGCAGCGUGUUCGAUCCCGGGACCAGGGCCAUCUACAUCCACGGAGGCUACAAGGCCUUCAGCGCCAACAAGUACGGCCUGGCGGGCGACCUGUACAAGCUGGACGUGGACAAGAGGAAGUGGACGGUGCUGAGAGACAGCGGCUUCUUCCGGUACCUCCACACGGCGGUGAUCGUCAGCGGCAGCAUGCUGGUGUUUGGAGGGAACACGCACAACGACACGUCCAUGAGCCACGGCGCCAAGUGCUUCUCCUCCGACUUUCUGGCCUACAGCCUGGCCUGUGACGAGUGGACGGUUCUUCCUCGACCGGAUCUCUUCCACGACAUCAACCGAUUCGGACACUCGGCGGUCUUCAGCGACGGCGUCAUGUUCGUGUUCGGCGGCUUCAACAGCCUGCUGCUGAGCGACGUCCUGCUCUACACGGCUCCCAGCUGCUCCGCCUUCUCCAGCGCCGCGUCCUGCGGCCAGACCUGGCCGGGCGUCCACUGCGUGUGGAACGCCACCGCCGCCGCCUGCCUGCCCUGGGAGGGAGACGGCGGCGCCGCCGAGCCUCCGCCGCCGUCCUGCACCGCCAGAUCAUACGUGGACGCCGAGCGCUGCGACCAGUACACCGACUGCUACAGCUGCACGGCCAACACCAACGGCUGCCAGUGGUGCUCGGUCCAGUGCGUCUCCCUGGGGAGCAACUGCACGUCGGCCGCGGGGCCGAUAGCGGAGUUCGACCUCUGCCCCAAAGACAACCCUUCCUACGUCUGCAACAAGAAGACCAGCUGCAAGAGCUGCGCCGUGGACCAGAACUGCCAGUGGGAACCGCGGAACCAGGAGUGCAUCUCGCUGCCAGAGAACGUGUGCGGGGAGAGCUGGCACCUGGUGGGGAACUCCUGCCUGAAGUUCAUCACGGCCAAGGACUCGUACGACAACGCCAAGCUGGCCUGCAGGAGCCACAACGCCGUGCUGGCGUCCCUCACCAGCCAGAAGAAGGUGGACUUCGUCCUGAAGGAGCUGCAGAUCAUGAGUGUGGUGUACAAAGCCACGGUGACGCCCUGGGUGGGCCUGAGGAAGAUCAACGUGUCGUACUGGUGCUGGGAGGACAUGUCUCCGUUCACCAACACGUCGCUGCAGUGGCUGCCCGGCGAGCCGAGCGACGCCGGCUUCUGCGGCUACCUGGCGGAGGCGGCGUCCAGCGGCCUGAAGGCGCAGACCUGCAUCAGCCCGGUGAACGGCAGCCUGUGUGAGCGGCCAGCCAACCACAGCGCCAAGCAGUGCCGCACGCCGUGCGCCAUGCGGGCCACCUGCAGCGAGUGCACCAGCAGCAGCUCGGAGUGCAUGUGGUGCAGCAACAUGAAGCAGUGCGUCGACUCCAACGCCUACGUGGCGUCCUUCCCCUUCGGCCAGUGCAUGGAGUGGUACACCAUGAACACCUGUCCCCCGGAGAACUGCUCCGGGUAUCGGACCUGCGGACAGUGCUUGGACCAGCCCGGCUGCGGGUGGUGCACCGACCCCAGCAACACGGGCAGAGGCCAGUGCAUCGAGGGCUCGUACCGGGGACCCUUCCAGACCUCGGUCCCGGCGCCGUCCACCCUGCCCGGCCUGCCCGCCAGUCCGCAGCCCGCCCUCAACGCCAGCAUGUGUCCCAGCGAGGCCAAGUACAACUGGUCCUUCAUCCACUGCCCAGCCUGUCAGUGUAACGGUCACAGUCAGUGUGUCAACGACAGCGUGUGUGAGAAGUGUGAGGACCUGACCACCGGCCGGCACUGCGAGAGCUGCAUCUCCGGUUUCUACGGCGACCCCACCAACGGCGGCAGCUGCCAGCUCUUCCCUCGCCGCCGUUCUCUCCAUCCUUUCCCGUCAUUGUCCGCUGUCCCCCUGCCCUGCGCCGUCCCCCCGCCCUGCGCCGUCCCCCCGCCCUGCGCCGUCCCUCCGCCCUUUGCUUCCCGUCCCGCCCCGCCGAGCGUCCGGCCCUUUGUUACAGCCUGCUGCUUCCUGUCUCUGCUCCUGGUGGCCGCCGUCGUGUGGAAGAUCAAGCAGAGCUGCUGGGCGUCGCGGCGGCGGGAGCAACUCCUGAGAGAGAUGCAGCAGAUGGCGAGUCGGCCGUUCGCCACCAUCAACGUGGCCUUGGAGACGGACGAGGAGCCGCCGGACCUGAUCGGCGGGAACGUCAAGUCCGUCCCCAAGCCCAUCGCCCUGGAGCCCUGCUUCGGGAACAAAGCCGCCGUGCUCUCCAUCUUCGUCCGGUUACCCAGAGGCACCGGCGGCAUCCCCCCUCCGGGACAGUCCGGUCUGGCGGUGGCGAGCGCGCUGGUGGACGUCUCCCAGCAGAUGUGCGUCGGCUACAAGGAGAAGCCGGGCGGCCUGAGGAACCGGAAGCAGCAGCCCACAGCGCAGCCCUCCACCUGCAUCUGACCCCCCACCCCCAACACCGCCCGCUGCCCCCAUCAGCCCCCGGCCCCGCCCCCGCCCUCACUGAUGCAUGCUGGGACGCGGGACUGGAACCUUCCGGCGAGGGGCCGGGCGGGUUCCCCCUCAACCCCCCCCCCCCCACAGGAACCCCCCGACUGAUACUGGACUCACAAGGGGCAGGGAGGGGGAGGGAGGGGGCAUGGCCGGUGCUGACUCCUCCCCUUAAAAAAACAUUCAUGUGUGUCGCCGCCGCCUCGCCGCGGGGGCGGAGCCGGCUUGCUGCUAGAAGAGAUCCUCGUCUCGUAGUUUUGGAAAAAUCCACAGACUUCAACAGUUUUUUUUCCUCCUUCUUCUUUAAGUUAUUGUUGCUUUUGGUUUUUGUAUUGUGUUCUUUCCCAGGCAGGAGCAAAACGGGCUGUGCUUAGCUGCAGACACACACACACACACACACACACACACACACACACACACACACUCUGGACAGUUUGCUGACGUUGUGUUCAGUCUUCCUUUCAUGACGACCUUCUGCGGCGCUGUGGGGGUUUCUGCCGGCCGCCGUCCCUCUGCUCCGAACCGCUGCCGAGCCGCGGGGGGGUUGUGGGGGGUUGUGGGGAGGGGGGGGGGGGGGGGGGGGGGGUGUCCGUACUGACGGCUGCUGAGGCAGUUUUCCGCCUGCAGCUGAUGUCAAACAGCGUCUCUCGGCUCGGCCGUCACUCCGACAUGUGAGGGUCGACAUGCAGCUUUGUAGAUGUGACCCUGCUGAUCCGGGGCUUCUAAUUGCUGCCCGGAUCCAAACCCCCCCCACCCGCCCCCCCACCCCCACCCGCCUCCACCGCUCGAUGCAUGGCGACCCUGGGUUGUCUCUCCUGUUAGCGCCUGUUAGCCCCGCCUCUCGCAGAGCCUCCUUUAACUUCCUCCUUCCUGCUGGACUUUAAAGAACCCAGACCUCAAACCGACCCGGUCCUGAGUGACGGAUCCGUCUGAGUCCAGCAGUCCGGAUUUUAGUUUAACACAUUUUCUGGUCAAAUAGAGAGAAUUUUUACUGCAUUUGGAAAGAACUGAAAGAAGUGAAUCAUUGUUCGGAGAGUCCCGGGUCUUUCUAAGACAGUCCAAUCCGAAGAGUUUAAAGUCUGAGAUGAAUCCAGAUUCUGGUUUCCUCUAAAUGUCUCCAUUGGAGCGAAUCUCAGGUCUGGAUCACGGAAGGUUCAAGUCGAAUUCCUUUGAACUGUGGAGGUCUUCUGUUUGUUGGAGUUCUUUUCUGAAUUCCGAGGUCCGUGAAGAAAAAACCCGGCGAACAGCGGAAGCGACAGGAAAGGCGUUUUGCUCUCAGAUGUCAGGACUGAUUCUCCCGUCGCCCCGCCGGCGCCGCGCCGGGUUAUCGCCUGGAACGGCUGCGAGCGGCGCGCUAAUAGAAGAGGUUCCGUUCGCCACGUUCUGCCCUAAAGAGCGGCCGGUUCUCGGCGCCGCCUCUCGUGAGCUCAGCGUCUGUUAAAGGCCACGAUGUUAGCAGCGGGAAAAGGUCAGAGCAGAAAGCGCGGACGACGCUGACAUUCUGUAAUUACAGAGAGCUGCGCGAGCGCCACGGGUUCCCCGGCGCCAGGGCGAGCGAGACAGUGGAGCGCUGAGUGAGCGAGCGGAGCGCUGACUGCCGAACCGCAGCUCGUCCUCCGACUGGACGUGAACGUCUGAACUGUGGUUUGUGCUGAAAGCUCCUCCGUUCUCCUGCUACAGGAUAAUGUCUGGACGCUGAACGUCGCUCGGCUGCUUCUCUGUCCGACACGGAGUUUACAGACGUUAAACCACAAACCUGCUUCUGAGGCGAGGAACUAACGAUUUCCACAGAAAAUGAGAUUCACUGAAAUGCUGAUCAGAAUGUGUUUCAACGGAUCAAACGGUGGAUUGAGAAGUUUCCAGAAUGAGCGUCUGAGUUCUUCAGACGCCUCAACAUUUCACCUUUCACCUUCGGGUUCGUCAGCAUUUCGAUCCGGCAGGAUGUUUUUCAGAGCGGCGACUGACCGCCAUCACAUCCAACUCCAGCGGUUCCUGUUUUUAAGCACUUUCCUGUUUGUGUGGAAUCGAUGAGUUUUAAAUCUUGGGAUUAAUCGUUUUAACAUGUCGGCACUUCAGAAGAACUCUGUGAAUCCAGAAGCACAUGUCCGUCCGUCCGGCUUUGAUCUGACGGGCCGCAGUGACCCUGAGCUGGCGGCGAGCCUGACGCGCCACUUCCUGUCAGACAUCUUCAAACGAGCACCGAGCCGGUUUCACCUGAGAGGCUCCAGAUCCUCCAGCUGGCUUCUGCUUCUGAUGUUCACGACCCCCCACCCCCCCCUUACUGCCCCCCCCCCCCCCCCCCCCCCUGGUUCUGUUCACAGCGGAUUGCUCUUCUCUCCUAAAUGAAUGUAACUCCGAGCGGCGGUCUGCGGCGGGGCUCCGUCAGCUCCAGCAGCCCCUCCUGGAUCUGGGCGGCGGGGGGCGUGCAGUGGACGGCACGGGCAGGCCGUGGGUUCGAACCGUUGGAGAGCCGCUUUCACCUGUUGAAGUCAGAAAGACUCUAAAGUCCUGAAGCUGAGAUUGUUCAGAUUGGUGGUGCUCAACAUGAGGUCCGCGGCCCCGGAAUCACAGGAGGGACCCAGUGAGACGAGCUCAGAUCAGCACAAGGUGAAGAAGUCCAGCCUGAGGCGGGAAUCUGCUGCUUCACACCAACAUCCGUUCUUCUCGAUCAUUUAAAUCACCUGGAAGCAAACUCGAGUCCCCAGAAUUCACUCUGCCCCGUCCCGCCCCCGCGGGGGGUCUGGCCGCUUCGCUGCCAUGGAAAGCAAUUAGAGGUAAACAGAGUUUGACCCAGAUGUGGCGCCGCCGCCGCCACCGCCGCUUCCUGCUCCGGAGGCGAUCUGGGAAAUUUAGAGGAAAUGUUGCAGUUUCAACAUUUUCUCCGGGACAUUCUCACCCCUGGCCCGCCCCCGCCGCCGCCGCCGCCGCGCUCCGUCCCGGCUUUCUGCUGAUGGGACGUCUUGUCGGGCCGGCGUGGGCGAGCGCUGACUGAUGGAGCGCAGCUGCGAUCCAGCGAUUUAGCAGAUUUUCACCUAAAUUUAGUAACUGGCCCCACGAGCCUCACUCCAGUAAGACUCGGGUCAGGUGAAGCUCUUCAGGGUCUCUUCAGGUUCGUUCAGUCCAGACUUUUUCUGCAGGUUUCUGUUGCUGAGAUUUAAAUCAAUAACUUUUAAAUAAAAAUGUUGGUUGGCUCCAGUUUUCCCAAGAACUUUACAUUUACUUAAUUUCAUUUCCCCCCUUAAAGAACUGAAGAGAGGAAAAUAGCUUUAUGCAAGUUUCCCCCAAGAUCCAGUGGAACUGGACAGAACCGAGUUUUUAGCUUUCUGCAUCUUUACCCUCUGAUGCUAAUGCUACAUGCUAACACAGAGGUCACUGAAGCAUCCUGAUCUGAUGCUAAAUGCUAAAUGGCAGCUUUAUUAAAAGAAUUACUAAGUGGGCCAGUCCCGGAUCAGUUUUAGAUCAGUCCUUGAUCAGCUCCAGAUGAGUCCAUGGUCAUUUUUAGAUCAGUCUUGGGCCAGUUUUGGACCGUGGACCAUGUGUUGAGCCCCCUCUGAAGGUUAAAACCAGCUGGAUCUGUCCGUGUUGCUGCAGUUCACAGUUGGGCUUUUCCAGAUGUGCUGGUCUGGGAGGCUCCAGGGUGGGACGGGUCCUGAAACCCGGGAGCCAGGGAGUCUCUCUCGGUCCCGUUCCCCCCGAUUCACGGAGAAUCGCAGCUUCCUGUAUCUCUUCCUGCUUUAAGCCUCAAACUGUCCUGCAGCUUCACAGCGGCCUUAUUCCAGCCGCUGAACCUCCGUGCGCCGCUCCACUGUACAGCUGCUCCGUAUUUAUACCGCGACUGGAAACGUUCCCUCAUACUCAGAACCCACAGGUUUCACGGUCGAACACUGGCAGCAUUAAAAUGUGUAUUUAAAAGCUUUGAUACGCAGGUUGAAGCCUCGGUAAGGCCUCUGUGAACUCCUCUCUUCUCUUUGUAUAGCGGCAUUAUAUAUAUUGAGGAAGUAGUUUGUUAAUAUGUAUAAUUUAGCAGUUGCUGGUUUUUUUCCUUCUUCUUUUUGUAAAUAAUGAGAAAGUAUUGUGAAUGAAAUUUGUCGAAUGGUUUUAAGAGAAAACAAGGCGAACCUCCCCGAGCUUUUGAACAGGUGACUCCAGCACGCAGCUGAUUUUGUAUGUGAGACGAACAAGCAUCACGGCGAGCCGACGAAAUCUCCGCCGAAAACACAGACUUGAGCAUAACCGCCUACUGACCUUGUAAUUACUGAUGUACAUA